AUGUUGGAUAGCGACCAGUGGUCGGCGACAUUCCGAACUAACGUCGAUCCCCUUUCCCACCUCACCAACUCCGCCCUACACCAUAUAUCUAAAGGUGCGUUAACCAUGAACAGCGCAUCGGUGGAUGUCUAUGCCGGAACCCCUAGUCGCAUAGACUACGCGGCUAGCAAAGGGGCCGGCUUUCUAACCCAAUUGGUGAAGGAGGGGAUUCAUAUCAACGUCGUGUCUGCUGGGCCCGUCUGGUAUCCUCUCGUUGCGACGGGAGUCGGCGAGCAAGGCCAAAAGGGACAUGGCCUCGGGAACUUGACACCAAUGGAGCGGCUCGGGCACCCUAGUGAGAUUGCGACGAGCUACGUGCUCCUCGCGGGUAGUGAGAGCGCUGAGCGGUCAAACGUUGCACCCUAA